AGUACACGAAUACACGAACGUUACGUUUCAUUUGUUUCAGGGAAAUCUAACAAGAUGCCAAGGGUUUCUUUGCCAGCCGUUAAUGUUUGUUUUGAUCGUCCGGCGCGCAUGCGUGGUCGCCAGGCGACGGUGACCGCCGGCCGGCCGCCACUUGCCAACGGAGGCUCGAGCGACGCGCGCCUCUAUUGAGCCGUGCGCGAAAAUCGUGCUAAAUUUAUCGCGCGGGAAAGCAUGGCCGACCGCUCCGCUUCCAGCCACGAACACGAGUGCACUUCGGGUUUUUCCGGGCGAGGUCGCGCAGGGCGGGCGGCGCGCGCCGAUCCCCCAGGCACCCUGCCUUUCAAUACAACUUAAACCACUCACAUAACAGCACGCUCUAACUGCAUAAUAAUAAAACUGCAGAAUUUAAAUUAUUAAUUCACUGAAAUACUGUCCCAGUUUGUGUGAUGUACGUGAUACGAUGCGUUCAGGUGCUGUAGACGUUUGGGACUCUGAAAUGUGAACCAGCUGACUCGGCGCGUCACAACAGAUUAAACCCGGAACAAGAAAGAGGCAGAAUACAAAUAAUACUUACAAUGACGGUGGUGACGAAUCCUGCCCGGACGGGGUCCGACGACGAGAUCGAGUCGGGCCGCGACAGCGCCGCCGGCGACAGCUCCUGCAUCGAGUCUGAGAACGAAAACGCUCGCCUGUACGACGACGAGAAGCAAAGCGACAUCGUGUUCGUCGCCGGCAUCAAUGGCGACACCUGGCGCUACCCCGGCCAUCGACGCGUCCUCGCCGCCACCAGUCCCGUCUUCGCGGCCCUGCUGGCCUGUAAAACGGACGUUAUCGUUGUCGACUACAUCGACCGCCGCGGCUUCGAACAACUCCUCCGUUACCACUACUGCGAGCCAACGCAGCUCAACUCUGUGGCGACCGCCCGGUGCGCCCUCGACGCCGCUUACAAGUUCCUGUGUCCACCGCUGGCCGAGCGGUGUGCUCGCCGGUUAGACGAGAUGCUGGAUGCCGGUGUAGCUCUAGAAAUAUUGCGGGAUCUGCGCUACCUCUGUGCGCGUCUCCCUGGUGCUGCCUCGGCCCCUCCUUUGCCGGCUCUCACGGAUGACGCAGCCGCGCGUUCUCUUGCACAGUGCUCUCGAUGGUGCGAUUCCUUGGCGCACAACGCGUUGCUAGUGCUCGACGAAAACGCAAAUGCAGCUUUAACCGACGAGCGUCUCGAAGAACUAACGUACGAAGAUCUCGCUUUGAUAGUAAAGCGCGACACGCUUCGCGUAUCAAACGAGUUAGUCUUGGCUGAGGCGCUCUCCCGAUGGGCUACGGCCGCCUGCAAACGAACUAAACGUGAGCUGAUGCCGAGCAACAAGCGGGCAGCGCUAGGAGAGCUAGCUUAUUGUCCGCGAUAUUUGCUGCUGCAGGGUGAAGACUUGGACCGUGCUCUCGCCUUGGAACUGUUGGAGCCUAUGGAAAGAGCUUUAGUGUUGGCUCGGGCACGCAAGCUAUCGGCGCCAGUACCCGUGGGCGCAGAGCAGGAGGGACUGCUACGGCGGUGGGCGCGGCCGCGUCCGGCGGAGCCCGCCGCGCUGCCCGUGCACUUGAGCCCGCGUUCCCAGCCGGUGCCCGAAGAUCCCCAGCCUAGCAAGCUCUGCGCGCGCCGACCUAAGCGACCAAAGCAACCGAGCUUCGCACCGGAGGAGAAACGCAAGAAACGCGGAUGCUGCGCCUGCUUCGGCGAAGGGCUUCUCAGGGCGUUUAUAUGCCUUUUUGAUUAAAAUGACAGAAAAUUUCAAAUAAAUGUGAUGUUGCGUUAUCGAUGGUGUGGACCGAAGUGAAUUAAGGUGUUAUGACUGACUUUUUCUUCAAUCCUGACGAAACUUGACUAACACAGUUCACGUAUUACGGAAAUUAAUGGAAAUGAUAGAAAAAAUGAGAUACUUAUAUCGAGUCAAUAUUCUUAUGAUAUUUAUGAUAGACAAUGUGGAAAAAGACUUCGUCGAAGGACUCGUCUGUUUUUGUAUUUUUUUACGAAUUGGAUUAAUCUUAAUUCGUAGUUAAAUUUUUUGAACUCCUAUACAGUAAUAUUUAAAAACGGAGGAGUUUAUCAACUGCAUGUAUACCAUGUUAAUCGUUUCUUGCGGUUUUGUUUAGUAAAUGCUUUAGGUCGGAAUGCAAUGCUUAGGUCACAAGUUGGCAACUGAAAGUUGUUUGUUUUAUCAUAGUUGAGUCGAUA